UCCUCCCUCCCGGGUGAAGAGUGAGCCUGGGUUAAGAAACUGGAGCCACCGGGUUACCGCCGCUAUGGCCUCUGGGUUGGUUACUCUCGGCAUCGACCUGGGCACCACGUCCGUGAAGGUGGCCCUGUUGGAGGCCGCGCCGGGCCACCCGUCCGGGUUCAUGGUACUGGCGAGCUGCGCGCGGGCUUCGCGGGCGGAGGCCGAGAGCGAGGCGGCCGGGCCCCAGGGGCGGGAGCAGGAUGUGAGCAGAAUCAUUCAAGCCCUAAAUGAAUGCCUUGCUGCCCUUCCCCAGCAGCAGCUUCGGAAAGUUAGGGCCAUUGGAGUGUCAGGACAGAUGCAUGGCAUCGUAUUUUGGAAAACAGGCCAAGGCUGUGUCUGGACAGAGGGAGAGGCUGCUCCUGUGUUCAAGCCCAGAGCUGUGAGCUACCUGGUCACAUGGCAGGAUGGCCGGUGUAGCAGUGAGUUCCUGGCUUCUCUGCCCCAGCCAGAGUCCCACCUCAGUGUGGCCACAGGGUUUGGCUGUGCAACCAUCUUCUGGCUUUUGAAAAAUAGCCCAGACUUCCUGAAGUCCUACGAUGCAGCUGGCACCAUCCAAGACUACGUGGUUGCCAUGCUGUGUGGCUUGCCAAGACCCCUGAUGUCUGAUCAGAAUGCUGCUAGCUGGGGAUAUUUCAACACCCAGGGCCAAAGCUGGAACUUGGAGAUACUGAGGGUCUCGGGCUUUCCUGUCCACAUGCUCCCCAACAUUGCUGAGCCAGGCAGUGUGGCAGGAAGAACUUCCCACUCCUGGUUUGAAAUCCCAAAGGGGACGCAGGUGGGUGUGGCCAUGGGUGAUUUACAGGCCUCUGUCUACUCCUGCAUGGGCCAAAGGACAGAUGCUGUUCUCAAUAUCAGCACUUCCGUGCAACUGGCGGCCUCCAUGCCUUCAGGAUUCCAGCCGGUGCAGAUCCCAGACCCUGCGGCCCCAGUCGCCUACUUCCCAUACUUCGACAGAACUUACCUGGGGGUAGCAGCAUCGCUCAAUGGGGGCAAUGUGCUGGCCACAUUUGUCCACAUGCUGGUUCAGUGGAUGGCAGAUCUAGGUCUGGAGGUUGAAGAAUCCACUGUGUAUUCACGCAUGAUCCAGGCAGCUGCACAGCAGAGAGACACCUGCCUAAACAUCACCCCAACAGUGUUGGGGGAGAGGCACCUGCCAGACCAGCUGGCUUCAGUGACCAGAAUCUCCUCCUCUGACCUCUCCCUGGGGCAUGUGACCCGGGCCCUGUGCAGAGGCAUUGUUCAGAACCUGCACUCCAUGCUUCCAGUGCAGCAGCUCAAAGAGUGGGGCGUGGAGCGGGUGAUGGGGAGUGGGAGUGCGCUGUCCAGGAACGAGGUGCUGAAGCAGGAGGUGCAGAGGGCCUUCCCUUUGCCAAUGUCCUUUGGGCAGGACGUGGAUGCAGCUGUUGGGGCAGCUCUGGUCAUGCUACAGAGGAGCCUCCACCAGAAAGAGUCUUAAUCAGCAGACCCUUUGGCUAAAGGACCAUUGUGAAUUUUACCUAAUCAACAUUACUAUGUGAUCUCUGGCUCAUCCUUUUCCUGGACAAUUAUGUGGGCAGAUUUUAAACUGUUUCAUCUCAGGGCAUCAUCUUGACCAAGAAUUUACCUUCAAGGGCAUAUUCUAGUAAUGUGGCCAGGAGUCACCAGCAAGAUCCCAAACUAGCACCUUCUGAAAGAGACCUACCUGAGAGUUGGUUGAAAAUGUAAAUGUGUAUGUGUAAGGGGCGGGGCUCAUCUGUGAUCAUCUGUAGAAAGAGAGAAAACACAUGUGCCUUCAGACACCAAAAUGUCUAGUGGUCAUGGCUCCAACUAAACAAAGGAGACUGUUCUCAUGUCCAGUUUUUGGAUUGAUUUUAGAGACAUGAAGUCCAGAUUUGAGUCAGAUUUGCACUGUUGGAAAAGUCCUUUCCUCCUGGGUUGUAUGAUGUGACUGUAAGCCCCACCCCCAGUCUCACUGUCUGGAUCAGACCCACUAUGAAGCAGGUUGGCUGGGAUGAAGAUGCAGAGGCUUGAGCUUGUUUUCUUGCCAUGCACACGCACUCCCAGGAAAGCCUACUACCCUGGAAUUGCCCCGAAUCCUCACAACAGAACUGGCUUGAAGGUAUAUCACAGGAAAGAAGAAACAGAUGGCAUGACCAGCAAGGGGGAUGGAAGCUUUGUGGCUAGCACUGUUCUGGCACAUUGUCCCCAAGAAGCUGACAAGGCUCCAGCAGGACCCUUUCUCAGGAUUGUGUCUGUAUAGCCACAUGUUUUUGCUUUUGUCCAAGGGGAGUGGCAAUUUUAUUAGAGAGGACACUCUUAUCCUGCUUGCCCCAAUCCUUCUUUCCCUCGGUUUGGACCCUGCUGACCCAUUGUAUUCCUGACUCAGCAGAAAAGUUGGCCUUUUCUCAGGAUCAAGUUGGCCUCCCUACAGAACAUCUUAAGUCCUCCCAUUAUUGGAAGGGAUGGCCUUGGAAUGGCUUCCAGGAGUGGGCCAUUGCAUCGACUCCCAGACUCCCAAAGGAUCCCAGUCUUAGGCAAGCCUGUCUCUGAGGCACCAGACAACCAUGAUUUUGGGAAGCAGUCAUGUUGUCUCUUUGUAAAUGUCAUUUUACAAGUCAUAUGCUUGCCAGAAGCCCUUAGGUAAAUUUGCCAGGUGAUACUGUUGCAUUUCAGAUACUAAAUAAAGCUUGUUCUUUCAGA